UCGCAGGGCCAGUAGUCUCACUCUCUAUUGAUAGUUCAGGGCGUUAACUCAAACGUUUUCAGGCCUGUACAAAUUGUUACAAUUUAUGUGAAUUUUUCGUAUAGUUGCUCGCGUGUUUUAAAUUAAUUGUGGAAGGAUAUUUUUAGACUCGUGUUCCAAAUUUGGUUGAACAAUGGCCACUGUCGAGAAGAAGGAGAAUGAGACGGAACCAAAGAAGCAGGAUAGGAAGAGCUUUGACCACCAUCGCUGUUUGGUUACUACCAAAAUGGACAGAGACAAGGCCGACUACAUGAGGUGUACCACCAGGCAGAACAACAGGGAGAGACAGAUGUUCCCGAAAGACACCGAUGUGUGCUGCUCCACCUGCCCACCCAUCGAUCAGACUGAAACGAUCUGUCCUGGGCCUGGUCAGAAAGGCAAGUCCAACAAGGACGACAUACGCUGUUUCACGCUCAAUAUGGUCGUCCAGAAGCUGUACAUGCCGGGAAGGGACUUUGAAUGUCAUGACAAGCUGAGCAUCAAAGCAGACAUCUGCAAAGGCGUUGCGCCAUGCCUCAAAGCGGAUCGUAUCAACGCGCUUUGUCUACCCCCUGAGCCGAUCAUGACCUUCCCCAUGGAGGGCGAGUGUCUGUCAAAGCGUCUAGCAGAGGGUAUCUCCAUCGCAGUGGUCUAUAUGAAAAAGGAAAUCGGUCGAGGCUGCUAUGUGCUGCCCGAGUCGGUGAUCUUGCGCAUGUGCAACACUGUGCAACAAGUGGUGCACACUGCCAAAGUGGAGCUAACCUGCCGUGGCUGCACUGUCGGCAUGGCCACCGUAAGAAUAUCUAUGCAAAUGCGGUGUCAAAGCAUAAAAGAAGAAAUAAACGAGACCGCCUCUGGUCUAAGCUUGGAGACCGAUGACCUUAAGAGAUGCAUCGAGAAGUUUGUGGACCCUCAAGAUGUCUUUUUCAUGGUCGGGGACAGCUCUCAAGCAUUUGCAUCCUCCUCCACGGAUCUAUGUCGGGGCUUCAGGCCCGAUGGUAUGGAGGAGUCUGAACACCGUUGCUCGGAUCCCCAAAGCUUCCUUUCCAAGUUCCGCAUGCGCAACGUCAACGACGCUGGUUUUCUGAACCAAGCCUGUGGCCCCGAGGGUCAGUCCAUGAAGCUAGUGGAUAUGGCAGGACCCUACGCUGUAUAUGGCUGCCCAGACGCAGAAGACCACUGCGUGGCCAUUGAACCUCCAUACGGGCCAUCGGAUCAGUUCUCACACGAACGGCAGGCAAUAUUCGGGGAUGGCGCGACCAAUCGCUUGUGCCAUCAGGUGCCGGUGCCGGACCUGAAGCAGACGCUUAUCAGCUCAUGCCGCUUUUGCCAAGUCUGCGAGGAGGACGUAUCUUGGCUGCCAAAGAUCGGGGCGUGUCCCUACUGUGGCUACAAAUCAGUGCCCAUGUUUAAGGAGAAGCCAUACGACGAAGAUGCAACAGCUGACAAAAUCCUACUAAACCAUCUCGACCAGCCUGAAGAUCCAGCUUGCUUUGAUGUUGGCUCCAUAAGCGGCUGUUCGGACAGAAGUGGCGCAGAUGACGGGCCCACGUCGGAGGCGUUCGAUUCCAUAGUGCGCGACUUCGAAUUGCUGAAGAAAUGUAUUAAGAAGUCAGAAAAGGUAGAACUAUCUCCACAUACCCACAAAAAGCGGCGUUUGUCAAUAGCUAAGGAAGCCGAAGAAAAGCAACUGCAGCCGCAUCUAGCCAGUGUAUUCGCAGAGCUAAACGAUCUGUUCAAAGAUAAGUCGAACGACAAGAGUCCAAAGAUUGAGGAGAUUUGCGAGGAGGCUUGCAACCUUUCCAGAGUUUCAAAGCAACGCCAUUACCGGAAGCCUGCAGAUGUCAACGAUAAGGGCAAGAUUAUUCAGGAUUCGUGCGCAGUGCCCAAGAAACGCAAGAAGCGACCACCACGCCGGAAAAUGCCCUUCAAGUCCAAGUUCUACGCAAUGCUACCUAAAGGAAGAGAUGGACAUGCUGCGCGCAGCCAUGCCCACUGCUUUGACGGCGACUCGAAGGUGCCGAGUCACAUGGGGUGGCUCUGGACCGCACACCCUCUGGCCAAGAAGCCCGGAUGGCGACCGGGAGCCAUACGUCGAUCUAUACGAGAGCUGAUGCGCUACUUUCUCAAGGACUACCCCGUGGACACCAUCCCCGUAUCGAAGUACAUGACCUACUACAAUCACAGGCAGCGGCCGCCUGCCGAUUACGAGGAGAAGCCCGAGGACUUGGUGCAGGUUCCGACGUUGCACAUCGAGAAGAAGAACGACGAGUACAUCAUCACUCUGCGUCCCCUCAAGGAUACGGAAACGCUGAAACGGUCCGCCAACCCUUACGUCAAUAUGAAACCCGUCCAGUUCCGCAUCGUAAAGCAUCCGCAACUGAAGGAGCUGCGUGAUCUAAAGCGCUGCCUUAAGAGCAUGGGCUUCAGCAAGUGCAGCUGCCACAAGCCCGUGACUGAGUGCUACUGCCGAAGCUUCAUCGAUAAGAAACGCCUGGUCUACAACCUCAAAAAAGAGUGCAAGCGACGCCAGGUAGACAACUGCGAAGAUAAUCUCAUCCUCUCCGAAACCACAGACAGUGAGGCAGAGUAUGAGUUUGGAGUCACCCCGCCGGCAGGUCUCAUCCAUCCGGAAAGACUUAGGAAGACGCACGUGAAGCACUGCGAAACGCAGUACAACGAAAACGACUGGGCCAUGCCCAGCAUGUUCCCUCAUCCCCCAAAUGCCUUCGUACAAUACGGCGCCUGCGUGCUCGGGGAGCGAAAGAAACCCUUCGACUGGAUAUACGGCAAGGGCAAUGUACAUCAGGAGCCUAAGAAGCCUCUAAUGCGCAACAAGCCCAAGACGAAGAAGAAAAAGAAGGCACAGUCGGGCCGCCAGGAGGGUGGCUUCAUAAGCGAAAAAUUGGCCAAUUCUGUCAGCCAGACGCAUAAUUUCGAUCCGCAGAAAUACUCCAAUGAAUAUAGCUUCCCGCUCACCGGACACCGCAUGCUGCUCUUGAACCAAGCAGCCUACCCGCCAACGGCUCUACAAAGGCUGUGGAGCGAGGAUACUGGGAUGGGUAAGCGCAGGGAGAAGCUCGUCAGAUUCGACACCAAUCCAGUAAACUCUUUUUGCGAGAGGAACCUUUCCUAGACAGUCAAACACAGUCCCACCGUACCACCAAUACUAUUCGAGCAAGUCAACAGCCAUUUUCAAAAUCAUUUGUAAAUUUUAGGCCCAAGACAUAAAAUUAUAAUUUUCAAUAAUAUAAAUGAUACUGCAACCU